AUGAGUUGGAAUCGCUUCCAUCUUCUGCUCGCCGUGUUGCUCAUAUGCCAAGGUAAUGCCUCUGUUUGAAUCGAUCAAUGUUAAUGCGCCAGUCUGCUACUCUUAAUUUUUAGCCAUUCCCGGAGCAAUGAGCCAGACACCGCCCGAUCCCACUACCGUCGAUCCCAAUGCACCGGCUAAUCCGGGGCAACCGGUGCCCGCCGAUCCCACGACCGUCGAUCCCAAUGCACCGGCUAAUCCGGGGCAACCGGUGCCCGCCAAUCCCACGACCGUCGAUCCGAAUGCACCGGCUAAUCCGGGGCAACCGGUGCCCGCCAAUCCCACUACCGUCGAUCCCAAUGCACCGGCUAAUCCGGGGCAACCGGCGCCCGCAGAUCCCACUACCGUCGAUCCGAAUGCACCGGCUAAUCCGGGGCAACCCACUACCGUCGAUCCGAAUGCACCGGCUAAUCCGGGGCAACCGGCGCCUGCCGAUCCCACUACUGUCGAUCCGAAUGCACCGGCUAAUCCGGGGCAACCCACUACCGUCGAUCCGAAUGCACCGGCUAAUCCGGGGCAACCGGUGCCCGCCGAUCCCACGACCGUCGAUCCCAAUGCACCGGCUAAUCCGGGGCAACCGGUGCCCGCCGAUCCCACGACCGUCGAUCCCAAUGCACCGGCUAAUCCGGGGCAACCGGUGCCCGCAGAUCCCACUACCGUCGAUCCGAAUGCACCGGCUAAUCCGGGGCAACCGGUGCCCGCCAAUCCCACUACCGUCGAUCCCAAUGCACCGGCUAAUCCGGGGCAACCGGCGCCCGCAGAUCCCACUACCGUCGAUCCGAAUGCACCGGCUAAUCCGGGGCAACCGGCGCCUGCCGAUCCCACUACUGUCGAUCCGAAUGCACCGGCUAAUCCGGGGCAACCGGUGCCCGCAGAUCCCACUACCGUCGAUCCGAAUGCACCGGCUAAUCCGGGGCAACCGGUGCCCGCCAAUCCCACUACCGUCGAUCCGAAUGCACCGGCUAAUCCGGGGCAACCGGUGCCCGCAGAUCCCACUACCGUCGAUCCGAAUGCACCGGCUAAUCCGGGGCAACCGGCGCCUGCCGAUCCCACUACUGUCGAUCCGAAUGCACCGGCUAAUCCGGGGCAACCGGCGCCUGCCGAUCCCACUACUGUCGAUCCGAAUGCACCGGCUAAUCCGGGGCAACCGGUGCCCGCAGAUCCCACUACCGUCGAUCCGAAUGCACCGGCUAAUCCGGGGCAACCAGUGCCCGCCGAUCCCACGACCGUCGAUCCCAAUGCACCGGCUAAUCCGGGGCAACCGGCGCCUGCCGAUCCCACUACUGUCGAUCCGAAUGCACCGGCUAAUCCGGGGCAACCGGUGCCCGCAGAUCCCACUACCGUCGAUCCGAAUGCACCGGCUAAUCCGGGGCAACCGGCGCCUGCCGAUCCCACUACUGUCGAUCCGAAUGCACCGGCUAAUCCGGGGCAACCGGUGCCCGCAGAUCCCACGACCGUCGAUCCCAAUGCACCGGCUAAUCCGGGGCAACCGGCGCCUGCCGAUCCCACUACUGUCGAUCCGAAUGCACCGGCUAAUCCGGGGCAACCCACUACCGUCGAUCCCAAUGCACCGGCUAAUCCGGGGCAACCGGCGCCCGCAGAUCCCACUACCGUCGAUCCCAAUGCACCGGCUAAUCCGGGGCAACCGGCGCCCGCAGAUCCCACUACCGUCGAUCCCAAUGCACCGGCUAAUCCGGGGCAACCGGCGCCCGCAGAUCCCACUACCGUCGAUCCCAAUGCACCGGCUAAUCCGGGGCAACCGGUGCCCGCCAAUCCCACGACCGUCGAUCCCAUUAUUCAGGGAAACACAGCCAAUGGCAGGGUCUGUUUUUUUUUCUCCCAAACUCUUUAAGAUCGCGUAUUUCAGAGGGGAAAUCUGGAAGCGCUUCCGAACGGUGUCAAGUACAACGUGCUCACCGAUCAGUUUGAGGGCUUUGUAAGUGGAAGAGACAAUUGGAAACACGAAAAAUUGGUUUCUUCGUUUCAGGAAGGAAACGAUGACUUCAGCAGAGUGGUGGCCAACGGCAAGGAGGUGUACGUGCUGCAUCCGGUGCAGACGAAGAACAACACGCUCGUCUUUGACCCGUACACGAUCGGGCAAGUGCUCGGCUACAUCUACGAGCUGUCCGAGUUUGGACCGGCGGGACCGCCUGCCGGAUUCACGAUCCUCAUGAUGGGUCAGCCUGUGCCUUCGCUGCAGAAGAGAAAGCGUGGCGCGGCGAUCACAAACACCCGUACCGGAACGCUCGUGUUCACGAAGAAGGAGCGUCGCGAAGUGAGAGACAAGGAGGACGCCUACUGGAAGCACGUGCUCAAGAGCCUUUAA